CGUCAUGGCUCGGGAAAGUAUCCCAGCAUGCAAAGUGACGUAGCGAUGGUUGUUCAUGUAAAUGGCGGCCAUGCAGUGAUGGAGGACGUUUCUUCGGCACAAAACCACUCGGGUCAACUGGGGCCGCCCGGCGGCUCUAUGGGCAUGGGUGGCAAGAUGAACGCGGAUGACCAAGCCCAAAGACCACAGUAUUCGAUACCCGGGAUAUUACACUUCAUACAGCACGAAUGGGCCCGCUUCGAAAUGGAAAGAGCCCAGUGGGACGUCGAGAGAGCGGAGUUUCAAGCGAGGAUAGCCUUCCUCCAGGGUGAGCGGAAGGGCCAGGAGAACCUGAAGAACGACCUCAUACGGAGGAUAAAGAUGCUGGAGUUUGCCCUGAAGCAGGAGAGGAUCAAGGCGCACAAGUUGAAGUACGACUCCGAUCCCAACCCCACAGAGUUGAAGGCUCCGGUCUUCGACGACAUCAGCAAAGACGAGCCGAUGGACGGAGAAAUGUUCAUCACCAGCAACAGCAAUGUGUCCUGGCGACAAGGACGGCAGUUGCUACGACAGUACCUCCAGGAGAUAGGCUACACGGACACAAUUCUGGAUGUGCGGUCAGCACGAGUGCGCACCCUGCUGGGGUUGGGGCCCGCCAAUGCGGGCUCUGGGCAGACGGAGGAGAAGUCCCCCCACCCCACCGUCAACGGGGGAGGAGGGGGGACACCCGGGGAACCCCUCAAGCGACCCUCGGACACCCAGCGGCGGGUGCCUGGCAAGAAGAUGGCCAACGUGGCGGAGAACACGCUGCUGGAUGCUGAGGCGUCUGUGCUGGCCACGUUUGACUUCCUGGCCACAGAGAACGUGGACAUGGAUGACGAGGAGGACAACUUCAGUGACGAGAUGGAAGACGCAGUGUCGGCAGAUGACGAGGCGGAAGAACGGAUGGACAACCGGAGAAUCAAGUCUAAAGCGCUAGGUGCGGGAGAUGACCUGGGCGACGCGGACUCCGAGAGUGUCCUGACGGAGUUUGACUUCCUGGGACCAGACUCUGGCGAGGGCGGCCGCGAGGCACGGAGCCAGGGCGAUGGCUCUGACUGGGACGGCUCUGAGGAAGACGAGGAGGACGACGAAGAGACAACCGGGGAACAGUGGGGUGCGGACCCUCGGCUCAUCUCGCAGUUGGUCGAAGAGUACCGCAGGGAGCGCAAAGGACGCAAGGGCGCCCCCUCCCAGAGGCCAAAGCGGUCCGCCUUGCAAGCAAUGCUGGCUUCGCUGUCAACGCCCCCCGGGGCAGGCUCCGCCCCCUGCGAGGAAGGCUCCGCCCCCACCCCGGGCUCCUCUUUUUCCUCCUCCCCCUGUGCCCCUCCUCCCCAGCCCACUGGCUCCACCUCCAGGGAGUCUCCCUCAUCCCCCUCUGCCCCCUCCUCCUCCUCCUCGUUCACGUCUGCUUCGGGGGACGGCAUGCUCAACGGCAGCGGCCAACCGCAGCAGGGGUCUCGCCUGGGUUACGCCUCUUUUCUGGAGGAGGCGGAGGAUAACGGCCCACGACGUCCGCUAAUGGGCGCACCUGGCGUGGACGAAGACAACAUCGACGCCUCUCUCGGACUCGGAGAACUCGCUGGACUCACCGUCAACAAUGAGGCAGAGUCCAGUUACGACAUCUCCGCAACGAAAGAGUCGUUUCGGAAAACGUGGAACGCAAAGUACACCCUCCGGAGCCACUUUGACGGAGUUCGUGCUCUGGCAUUCCACCCCGUGGAGCCGGUGCUCAUCACGGCGUCGGAGGACCACACCCUAAAGCUGUGGAACCUGCAGAAGACGGUGCCAGCUAAGAAGACGGCAGCUCUUGACGUUGAACCAGUCUAUACGUUCCGGGGACAUGCGGGCCCCGUGCUCUGCCUGGCGAUGAGUGCGACGGGUGAACAGUGCUUCAGCGGCGGCCUUGACCACACUAUACGUUGCUGGAACGUCCCCAGCUCGGCGAUUGACCCCUACGAUGCAUUCGAGCCCAGCGUGCUGUCGGCCACCCUCUGGGGCCACACGGACGCGGUGUGGAGCCUGUCGAUGCACGCGGCCAAGCUGCAGCUGCUGUCCUGCUCGGGGGAUGGCACGGUGCGCCUCUGGUCCCCGCACAGCAAGGUGCCCCUGCUGCACACCUACACGGCCCCGGAGACAGGGGACGGCAUUCCGACGUCGGUGGACUUUGUGCGGUCGGACCCGGGCCAGAUGGCGGUGGCCUACACGACGUCGCGCUGUGUCAUCGUGGACCUGGAGACUGGCAAGCCCGUGAUACGGCUGGACAGCGACCAGAGUCCAGACGCCAGUGCCCUGAGUAAGCAGAUCAACUGUGUGGUGAGCCACCCGACGCUGCCCAUGACGGUGACUGCCCACGAAGACCGCCACAUUCGCUUCUUCGACAACAACACCGGCAAGAUGGUGCAUUCGAUGGUGGCCCACCUGGACGCUGUCACCAGUCUGGCCAUUGACCCCAACGGUCUCUACCUGCUCUCUGGGAGCCAUGACUGCUCGAUCCGGCUGUGGAACCUGGACAACAAGACGUGCGUGCAGGAGAUCACCUCGCACCGCAAGAAGUUUGACGAGUCCAUCUUUGACGUGGCCUUCCACCCGUCGAAGCCCUACAUUGCCAGCGCGGGCGCGGACGCCCUCGCCAAGGUCUUCGUCUGAGGUCCCUCCCUCCUGUCCCCCGCCACUGGGGGUUCGUCUGCCAGCGGAGAGGAGGAAGCAAGCAGGCGGCAAACGCCGCCCUCCCGUGUAACAUAACCCCACCUCCCCCCCCACUGCUGCCGUCGCGCCUCUACGCCUAACUUAUUUCCCCACCGCCGGGGGUUUGACGUGGACUUGGCGCCGUGUGACCUUGGUUUGACCUUGAACAACGCUCCGAGUUCCCCGCCCCGAACGACCGCGUCGAGACGGGAGCCUUGGUUCUACCCCGGACGACGUCGGUGUGACCUUCAAUUGACCUCGAACGGCAUGCGUGCGACCUUGAACGACUAGUUGCGGAGCUCCCGGAGCCCCAGACUCCGCAAAGCCGCUUCCAGACAGCCGAAACGGGUCCCUGGAAAGCGCGGGACGUUCGAUCCGCCCCCACCCCCCCGCAACGGAUUCGGGGCGCAACGCGACGCAACUUAAAAAACUGGAGGUUUUUGCGCCGCUUUGUUUUUAAGCGUCUUGCUUUUCUUGCUCCCCGUUUCUCCCCCGCUCCUCCUUUUUUUUUUUCUCCGGGGUUAGUUUUACCGGUAGGUAGGUAGGUAGCUGUAGACGUGUGUCUCUCCGGCCUAGGCUCUCUCGUUGACCCAUUCGCACGACCGUCGUCUGCAGACGACAGACGGGGACCUCAUCGCAUCGCGGGAUUCGUUGAAGCUUUCGACCUGCGCGCUUCAGCCAACGUCCCGGGUCUUCCGUACCAUGCGGCGCCGCCGUCGGGCACCAACGACACGAGCGAGUCGCGAAACCGGCAGUUGGCGGCCGCCCCACACCCUCCCCCGAAGUCUGAAUUCGUGGCGCACACUUUCCGCGGUCGCAGUAGCCUCUCCGGUAGAUUUUACAAGCCCGCACAAACGCGCAAGUUGCCACGGUUUUCCCGGUUUCGAGAGCAGAGUGUCGACGUCUUCAAAAUUUGCCUCGUCGCCUUCGGGGAGUGGCAGCUAGGAGGCGGAAGCGAAAAGCUUGCCGUUCAUAUUUUUCUUGUGAAAACAACAAAAGAAAAAGCGACGACGCACGCAGGUUAUUUAUUGUUGGCUGCGAGAUAAGCAGGUUCGGGAAGAGGCGAGUGUGUUCGUAAGGAUUCGUAAAGACUGCGGAACGUAUUGGAGACACGCGCGCAACGUUUCCUCGACAAAGAGACGACCAACCGAGGCACGCGAAAGUGCUCUUGAAAAAGUACUACAACACUACGACUCUUAACUACCUACCAACUACUCAUCCACUUGUACAGUAUGUAUGUAGUCAUUUUGAAUGUUUAGAAAAACAAUUGAAAGUUUUCGUUUCGACUCCCCUCCCCCCCCUUUUCGUUUUUUCUUUUUUUUUUUUCUUCGAUCUGUGGCGUUUUACUAUGGGAGGCAAGACUCGCAUUUGCAAAAAAAAUGAAUACUAGGUUUUUAAAGAUGCUACGUGCAUGCGAGGAAAGCUUGUGCAAGAGAAAGGGGGCAUUUCCCCGCUCCUGCCGACGGAACAAGACGGUUUAUUUCGACGACGACGGUAAAUAAAGAUUUGUGAGUGAUGCCGA